CGCUCGCCGCGGCGAGAGCCCCUUCCGCGCCAUCAUCCAAUGCGCUUUCUCCCCAACUACGGAACGCUCCACAAUCUUAUCCAAUAAUUAUCGCCAUUGGGCGAUACCUUAUCUCGUGCAAUGACGCGAUAUUUUAAAGUUCUACCGAGAUAAGAGACUAUUAGUGAUUAAAACUCAGGUGUAGAAUGUGUGUCUGACCGCUAUCGUUUCAAAGAAACUUUAACAACCGUUACUUAGUGCUCGAUUACAAAUAUUACGAUGUCGUUGUUCAAGAAGAAAGCGCCAAAAUACACGGCGCCCCCUGUGCCGCCCGUGCCGGCCGAAGAAGUGCCUCCUGCUAAUGGAAUGGACAACAACAAUGGUGCUCAGAAGUCGCAGCUGGUCUUCCACUGCCAGCAAGCUCACGGCAGCCCGCUUGGACUUAUUUCUGGGUUUUCUAAUGUCAAAGAAUUAUACCAGAAAAUUGCGGAAUGCUACGACUUCCCACCAGAAGAUAUCCUGUUCUGCACAUUGAACACGCAUAAAGUAGACAUGAAGAAGCUCCUAGGGGGACAAAUUGGAUUAGAAGAUUUUAUAUUUGCGCAUAGAAAAGGUCGUCCCAAAGAAAUAGAAAUUGUUAAGACAGAGGAUGCUCUUGGCCUCACCAUUACGGACAACGGUGCCGGAUACGCGUUCAUCAAGAGAAUGAAAGAAGGUUCUAUAGUUUCGAGAAUACCGCAUAUAGAGGUCGGUGACCACAUUGAAAAACUAGACGGAUUAAAUAUGGUGGGCAAAAGACAUUACGAAGUAGCAAAAACAUUAAAAGAUAUCCCUAAAGGCACAACAUUUACUAUACGACUUGUGGAGCCGCUCAAGAGCGGUUUUAACAGCAUUGGACCAAAGACGAGUAGUGCCAGGGCAGGAAAGAAACAAAAUUAUGGCUCAGGGAAGGAAACACUUAGAUUUAAGGCAAAUGGUCAGGCCACUAUUGAAAAUGAGCAUGACGAGAAAUCGAAAGCGGGCAUAGAGAAAAUAAACUCUCUGUUAGAAUCGUUCAUGGGCAUCAACGACACCGAGCUGGCUACGCAAAUGUGGGACUUGUCUGAGGGCAAAACAAACUCCAUGCAGUUAGCUGAAGCCAUAGACAACAGCGACUUGCAAGAAUUCGGGUUUACGGAUGAAUUCAUUAUUGAACUUUGGGGGGCCAUCACAGAUGCUAGAUCUGGCAGGCUCAGUUAGAAAUACUAGUGGUUAAGUGGUAGACAAAGACAUAAUUUAUUCCGAACUUGGCUUGAGCACUAACGUGUUAAGUAUUUAAAUUGCCUAGCGCAGCGCAUUCUCGUGUUCAAAUAUGGGAAAUGAAAAACUAUGCGUUAAACAUGUUGACUUAAACAAAGAAAUUGUUAAUGUUGAAUAGUAAUAUAAUAUGGUACUUAGUACUUACCUAAGAGAAUCGGAAUAUAUGAAUCAUAUCUGAUGAUGAAAUUAAAUGAAUAAUAGGUAUUUGAUUGUUAUUGUAUUGGCUAGGUAAAUGCGAAGUGCGGGGUGGGCUAACUAAGCGAUGUUAGCGAUUGACAAAAAAUGUGAACUUAUUUGACAUCUGAAAGUACAGCUUCGCAAAAAAGAGUAGAAAUUAAAAAGUGGUAACACUGUAGUGUCGUCCCUUUCAAACCAAUUUAUAUAAGAAAACGGGACGACACGACACUACAGUAUUGCCACUUUUUAAUUUCUACUCUUUUUUGCCAAGCCGUAUAUAAUAUAGGUACUGUACACUGUCAAAAUACAUCAACUAAUUUGACCAACAGCCGCCAAGCGGACACUAUCAAUACAUUAUAGUCAAGUGGGGCUAUUUGAAAAAAAAAAUCCAACAGCGAGUUGUAUCUUAAAUAUUUUCGUUUUUACACUUUUUACACAGUACAGUCAGCAAAACCAUUAGUUUAGCACCCCUGCAUACAUAUUAUAAUAGUUUUGCCAGUAGUGCUGGAGCCAAGUCUUUUUAGGUAGGUACUGUAAUAAAAUUAUAGUAGUUUGUGUUACAAGGGAUCAAAAUGAUAUAUUUCCGUCAAGGGCGUACAUUGAAUCCUGAGCGUAAUGAGGGAUUCAAGUGUUAACGCCCAAGACGAAAUAAUUUUGAUACCGUGUGACACAUACUGCUUUUCACAUCAACUAUGAGGAAAAUAAAAAAAUCUUAGUGUUGACACAAUUAUUAUGUUUCAAAAUGUUAUUCAAGCUAAAAAAAAGAAUGCAAAAAAUAACAAAAACGGUGUCCUAGAACAGAAAAGUGCUACUUUGAUCCCCCCUAGCAGGGAGGAAAAGUGCCACUUUGAUCCCUCCUAGCGGGGAAGAAAAAGCCUUCUUCCGAAUAGGUGAUGUGAAAAAGCAUUUUUUUACAUUUAUGAUGGUAUAAAAUACAUAUGGACUCUUAAGUUCAUAGUUAUCAAAAUCCAAAACAAUCCCACGGUUUUCAAAUUGCCCUACUUGACUGUGUACAAAAAAUACUUGGGGCUUGCUUAGUGGCCAUUAAGCAAUAAUUCAUCAAUUCGUCCGUGCAAUUUCUGAGAGUAUGUAAAUUGAAAAUUAUAUAAAUUAAUACUUAUAAUUCAUAAACCAACAGAGAUUUAUGAUUAUUAAUUUAUUAUCCUAGAGUUGAGUUAGUGAAUAUAUAAAAUUGACCUAAUUUUGUAAGGACUAGGGUGCUAAGUAGGUUAAAUCGUAUUAAGCAAUUUGAAUGAAAAAAAAAUGUCUGUCAGUUGCCUAUUAUCCUGUUAGUAUUAUAUUACAGAACGUAAGUGUACAAAGUGAAAUUCCAGCAGUGCCUUUUGUAAUACAUGUUGUGAUAGUUUGGAUAUUAGAGUACAAAUUGGAUAAGUGAUAUGAUACUAUCAUUAUUCGUAAGUAACAGUUUGUUUUAUGGCGUCAAGUGACUGUCAUUAUAAUAUUUGAUAUUUCCUAUAGAUUCUAUCGUCAACUAUCUUGUAAGCAUAACGCUUGGAUAAUCUACAGGAUAGGGUAUACGUGGUGUACCUAGGUUGGUCCAGCAUAUAUGUAAAGGCAACUCAAAUGUAUAUUCUAUCUCCAUAGUUUUUUUCUGUGUAGAGUACCCAAUUAAGGUAUAAACCGCAUUAAACGCAGACGCCACGGAGCAUUAUGGCAUUUAUGGCCCAUCGACACCCUUUUUAACCCAUUUAAACUCCACUCAUGCAUUAAUCGUCGUUAAAUUCGCAUUUUCUUAAAUCGAGAGUCCCAUAUUACUAUAGGUAUAUUAUUCACACUAUAUUAUUACGGCACUGAGUAAUUAAACUAAACUUAUGUGCCGGCUUGUCUAGAACAGAAUUCAACUACUCCAUAUCGUCAGGUGACUAGCAAAACUUACUAAUUACCACCACAAGUUCAUGGCCAUAGUGAACCAUAUUAGUACUAAAAGAAGGUCGAUUUUUGUUUAAUUUUUUUUAGUAAUUAGUGACUUUUGCUUGUCACCUGACGAUAUAAUAUUUAUCGUUAAAGUUAUACUAGCUAAUGUAUUGUACAGUCACUAGUUAAGAUAGAUAUUUAAUGAUUAAAUCUACCUAGUUAUGUCUAAUUCAUUUAUUUGUUUAUAUUGUGUAAUUACACUCUAAGAAUUAAUAAAGUUCGUCGUUUAUA